AGCAGAGGAUAAGGGUAAAAGAAGCCAUUCAAGUACCCACUGCUUCUAAAACCCCACUUUAUUACACUGUUCGUUCGUUCGUUCACCAUCGGAGGCAAGUACUGUGUCGGAGCAUGGCCUCUAUAUCCCUCUCAUUCUCAUCUUCGCUUCUCCCUCACGAUCACCCCAACAAGAACAUUAUUUCCAGCAUUAACCUCAAACCCCAAAACCCAAAAUCUAGGCCCUUCCGAUGCGCUUUCGCUGCUCCACAGAAAAGGACCACCAAUCCCAAGUCUUCGUCUUCCUCGGUGGCUAAGAAAAGGCACUGGAAGGAAGGGGAAUUCCCUGGGUUUUCAGAAACAUCCACGCGGGGUAGUGGGAAGAAGACACCCAUUAAAAAUCUGAAGAAGAAGUUGGACCGCAAGAACAACGCCAAGGCCUGGGUCAACACUGUCACCGAAGCCUUGUCAGAACUUAUCCAAAAGAAGAUGUGGGUCCAAGCCCUUGAGGUAUUUGAGAUGCUCAGAGCACAGACCUUUUAUCAACCUAAAGAAGGGACUUACAUGAAACUUCUGGUUUUGCUUGGAAGAUCUGGCCAACCCCUUCGUGCUCGUCAUCUUUUUGACACAAUGGUUGAAGAAGGAUGUGAUCCUACAUCUGAACUUUACACAGCUUUACUUGGAGCUUAUUGUCGGAGCAAUCAAAUUGACGAGGCAUUCUCGCUUCUUAACCAAAUGAAGACCCUCCCCCAUUGCCAACCUGAUGUUUUUACUUACAGUACCUUAAUAAAAGCCUGUGUUGAUACUUCUCGAUUUGACUUAGUUGAGUCCUUGUAUGAAGAAAUGGCUGAAAGGUUAAUAAAUCCAAACACUGUCACCCAAAACAUUGUGUUAAGUGGGUAUGGCAGGGUAGGGAAAUAUGACCAAAUGGAGAAAGUGUUGUCAGGUAUGCUGGAGAGCAGAACUUGCAAACCUGAUGUCUGGACCAUGAACACCAUCCUUAGUGUGUUUGGUAACAAUGGUGAGAUUGAUAUGAUGGAGAGAUGGUACGAGAAAUUCCGGAAUUUCGGGAUUGAGCCCGAAACACGUACUUUUAACAUCUUGAUUGGUGCUUAUGGGAAAAGAAGAAUGUAUGAUAAAAUGUCAACCGUUAUGGAAUACAUGAGGAAGCUUCAGUUUCCAUGGACGACCUCUACUUACAACAAUGUGAUUGAGGCUUUUGCAGAUGUAGGGGAUGCAAAGAACAUGGGGUACACAUUUGAUCAGAUGCGUGCUGAGGGAAUGAAAGCCGACACCAAGACAUUCUGCUGUCUUAUUAACGGAUACGCCAAUGCAGGUCUAUUCCACAAGGUGGUUAGCACUGUUCAAUUAGCUGGGAAGUUUGAGAUACCUGAGAAUACCUCUUUUUAUAAUUCAGUUAUAUCGGCGUGUGUGAAAGCGAAGGAUUUGGUGGAGAUGGAGAGAGUUUUUAAGCGGAUGAAAGAUGAGCAAUGUCAACCAAAUUCCACAACAUAUUCUAUCAUGGUGGAGGCAUAUAGAAACGAAGGUAUGACUGACAAGAUCUAUGAUUUGGAACAGGAGCAGCAGGCAAUGAUGGCUGAUGGUAAUGAAAGUGAUGAGGUCAUUACAAUGGAAACUAUGGUUGAGAUCAAUUGAGAACAUGCUGCACUUCUCUAUAUCUCCUACUUUUUCAGGCCCAGGUGAACUACUCUUUUAACAAGGUACCGGGUACCAUUGAUGGUGUUUACUGAAUGAUCAGCUUGUCCAAACUUUGCUUCGGAGAUGGAUAACAACAGUUGCUCUGCCUUCAUCUCAUUGUGAAGUACUAUAUAGUCUUUAGACAUUCGUAGUAUUUAAGGGGGAAUUAUCUAGGUACCUUAUGUACAUGGUUGAUGUGUUGAUAGAGGUAAUUUGUGCCUCUCUACAAACUUGAGGUGAUUCUUUAAUUGUUUUGAAAAUCUAACGUUUUCUUCUUAUGAAAUACCAUUUGCGUGGCUAUAUUUCCUUUA